UCCCACGCGCGCAUCCACCAAUCGUGUAUCAGGACAUAAACAGCAACCCUACAUGUUGCCUGUGACGAUCAGUAUAUUCUCCUAUGCGGGCUCAAUCAUCUACAGUUGUCUGGAGCCCUGUGUAACUAAAGGGCCGCUUGCGGUAGCGAUCAUCCACCAAUUCAUUGAAUAUUUGUAUUGUACCCGAGAGGUGAUCAUUCUCUAUCAGCCCUUGUAUAAGUCAAAGGAUGCAAAGAAGCAUUACACGACCCAGGUCGAUCCCCUCAAAUCCAGAGCAAAAAGCUCAACCUGUCUCCUCAUCAAUCAGAUUGAGGAAUGUCUCAACAAGCCUGAGAGGUUUCCAUGUGGAUGCUUCCUCUUUUCCAGCAUCAUUGACAUCAUAGCCCGGCGCCCGUUUACGUAUAUAUUGUUUUCAAUUAGACAUACUCGUAGCCCUUCGUCUUGCCGUACCGCGGCAGGGAUAUGUUCAUUCCUGUCCCCGUGGAACUCCAUGUCCGCUUAAGCGUAGCUCCAGAGCCCUUUCCGGAAAUUCACGCAACAACCAACCAAAGGUAUGGGUAUCAUGAAUCGAAAAUUUAAAACCAAGUUUCCUUGAUUGUGCUAGUUCUGGAUACUGAAAUAGAAAAAAAAAAAAACUUGCGC